CGCUGAGGUUCGUACGGGAGAUAACACAGGUGGCAUAAGCAAUGUGCCCACAGCAUCCAGAAGAGGUACUGGAUUCCCUGGAGCUGGAUCGGAAGACUGGGAGCUGGGAGCUGAGCUUGGAUCCUCUGGGAAAGCAGUAUAGGUCCCCUAGCUCCACCCCCUUUUUUGUAAAUCUGACACUCACAAAUUCAGCCAUCUUUACUAGCCAGCAAGCCUCGAGGAUCCUAUCUUUACCUCCCCAGCAGUAGAAUACAGAUACACCGCCACACCUAUUUACAAGGGGGUCUCAAGAUCUACUCAGGUCCAUAUGCAAGCUCUUAUGCAAAUGAGCAAUCUCUCCAGCAUGGUGACUAAGUCUUAAUACACAUCACGAAGGGAAACAAAAAACAUAAAGCAGGGUGGCGUCUUACAGAAGGGGUCACUGAUUGUCAGUAUUUCAGGUUUUAUGGCCAUUUGAUUCAUGUAUUAGCUCAGUCAUACCAUUUACACGGAUGUGCAGGGCCAUGUUACAAUAAAACUUUAUUUAUAAAAAUGGGCUCUGGGCCAAAUUUGACCUCUGGCUAGUUUGCCAUCACUGGAAAGAGCUACCUGAGGUGAGGUUAAUGGAGAAUCUUUCUGGAAGAGAACUGGGAGCUAAGCUGGUCACAGACCAGGGCCAACAUGGAUGGUCUUUUCCAGAUGAGGCAAGCUGGCAUCAUCCUACUGUACAGUGGUGGAGCCCCAUGCUGAGAAGUUGUGUGUAAGAAAGAGAAGGUUCAAGGACGGAGACUAGAUUUAGAGUUUGAGUCACUGGGUGGAUGAGAGGGGGCCCGGGGAACAAGGAGUUCGGUGUUGAAUGUAAGAGGUUAUCUGAUGACUGGGUGGGCGAGGGGCUGUCUAUACCUAGAGCUUAGUGGAGAUGCCAAGUCUAAAGUCUUGGACCAGGAAGAGGUCACAUCUGUGUGUUCUUCAGGUCUGAGUAUGCUUGGUUUAGAAAGGUGGGAUUGGACAGCACAGGGUAGCUAGCGUGUGCUAUGCUAUGCUAGGGUUUACUGCCUCGUAAGUAUGUCAGAAGAGAGCCCAAGUGGGCCUUACCCUCCACAGAGAUAAGGUAUGAGCUGUAUUCCCUCCGAAGAGCUCCUAGAGUCUGUUUUCCUCCUGUGAGAUGGGGGCCCUGGGCAGAGAGAGGGCUUUCUGACCUGCCAGGGUUUGUGUGAGGGAUCAGGAGAUAACAUCACACCAUUGGCUUAGAGGUAGCACACCGAUGGCAAUGGUGAGCUUCGCCACCCACAACAGUUAGAUACCUUGGGCAAACGAGGGAUUACAGAGGCUGUGAUGUUUGGAUCCCAGACGGUCGUAUUGUCCAACAUUUGCACCGUUCAGGACGUACACCCUCAGUCUUCCGAUUACAGACUGUCCCAGAACAGCUAGCCGAUGGGAGCUGGGGACCCACUAUUCCAGCUUCCUUGCUCCUGGUGCGUGCCUGAGCUUAGCUAUUGAGAAGAUGGUGGACCACUUGGCAAACACGGAGAUCAACAGCCAGCGGAUUGCAGCAGUGGAGAGCUGUUUUGGGGCAUCGGGGCAACCGCUGGCCCUGCCCGGCCGUGUGCUCCUAGGCGAGGGGGUGCUGACCAAAGAGUGCCGCAAGAAGGCCAAGCCACGCAUCUUCUUCCUUUUCAACGACAUCCUGGUGUAUGGCAGUAUUGUGCUUAGCAAGCGCAAGUACCGCAGCCAGCAUAUUAUUCCUCUAGAAGAGGUAACAUUGGAGCCACUACCCGAGACCCUGCAGGCCAAGAACCGCUGGAUGAUCAAGACAGCCAAGAAGUCCUUUGUGGUGUCGGCAGCCUCCACCACAGAGCGCCAGGAAUGGAUAAGCCACAUCGAAGAGUGUGUACGGAGACAGCUGCUGGCCACAGGCCGCCAGCCCACCACGGAGCACGCAGCGCCCUGGAUCCCGGACAAGGCCACGGACAUCUGCAUGCGCUGCACGCAGACGCGCUUCUCCGCACUCACCCGGCGUCACCACUGCCGCAAAUGCGGGUUUGUGGUCUGUGCUGAGUGUUCCAAGGAGCGUUUCCUGUUGCCACGGCUCUCUCCCAAGCCCCUUCGCGUCUGCAGCCUGUGCUACCGAGAGCUGGCCGCCCAGAAGCGGAGGGAGGAGGCCAGGGAGAGGAUCAGGGGCUCUCCACAGCAGCUGUCCCACCUGGGUGGCACUGUCUGUGGUGCAUCCAGUGGCGAUGACGAUGACUCCGAUGAGGACAGAGAGGGCAAUGGAGAUGGUGACUGGCCGACCCAGGUGGAGUUCUAUGCUUCCGGUGUCUCCUGGUCAGCCUUCCAUAGUUGACCCUCACCUGCAGAGUGUUUGCAUCAAGCCAGUCCUCUGCUGGAGACCCUUGCCCCUGGCGGUGGGCGUGUGACAGGUGGCUGUUCCAGAGCCAUUACUAGUGCCUUUCUACUAGACAGUAGCCUCCUGGGCCCUCUUCUAAGUCUUUUUCAAAUAGUUUCCUUUCCAUUUCAUAUGCAGUCCUUGGUGACCAGGCUACGGCUGCGGCCCUUGAAAGUAGACCAGGCCAGGUGCCCCACGCAUUGAGGGUUAAAGAGGGCAAAGGGAAGCUUGGGCUUCAGACCCCAUUCCCACCUUCAACCAUGAACAGGUACAGCCCAUGGGAGAGCAUGAGGCUUGCACAUCUACCACGCAGAUUUCGCCACCUGGCAACCGGGUCCUGCCAAACUGAAUAAACAAGAAUAAAGUACCAACUCUUUUGAUUGCUAAGAGUACCCUAGCUUCAGACACUGCUCAGUCCAGGGUAGAAACCAUGGCUCUAGGGAUAACCAUCGCUGAUACUGCUACACUGGGCAUCCUGGAAAUGCCUCCCACCCGUGAGCCAUUCAUGCCACCAGGUGCCUGGCUCCCCAA